AGAGCCCAUAAACUCGCCGAGCUACUCGUCAUUCGAAAAAAAAUCUCGAGUUCGUUUGACAUGUUAACGCCUAUCUUCGCGUAAUUUGUUUUCGUUUUGGAAUACAAAAAAAGGAUCGAAAACGCCGAAUAAAACGAUAUUGCUAGUUUGCCAGUUGUGGCAGUGCAUAAAAAGUGUGUAUGUACACCACAGUGAAGUGGGCGUUGGAGUACCCUUGUGUAUUGAAAAUUGCAUAUUGUAUACAUACUGUAUGGGCGCGUCUCUUUUUGUUCCUUUGUGUGUGUAUGUCGCAGUGUCUGCGUCCCGCCCCUUGGCUAAAGUUAUUGCUGAUAAUAAGCAUAUUUAAAUUUAAGAGCGAUUCAAGAUCGGCCAAAUAACGAGCAGUAUUCUGCUAUAAUAUUGAAACAAGUGUCGUCGAAUUGUGAUUUCACGUCGCGAGUGAAUUUUCGCACGCAUACAGUCACCGUUGCUCGCAAACGCACAUACACACAAGCAACGAAACGAGAUUUUUCAAGUCGAGUCCAUGGUUGUAUGGGGCCUGUAGAUGUAAUUGUAUAAGUUUCAGUGCUGGUGCUUGUGCAACUACAAAAUUAUUUUGUUUAUUACUGGUCUAACUGUUACUCUGUACACUUUCCACAAAACAAACGGAAAGUAAGCAGCAGUAAGGUGUCUCUGUGGUGCCUCACAAUUUCCACCUUCCAAAGUGUAAAUCGCGGUGAUAAAUAUAGGAAUUUCGAUUCGCCAAUGCUUGUGAAUUUAAAAGCGAAAAGCCACAAGUGAAAGUGACAGACCCUACUCAUCUACGCUAAUUGUCAUCGCAUCUUUGAUACCCAUUGGAUUACAUCGACUUUGCACCGCCAACUGGAUCCCAAGGUUCUGUGACGCGUCAACUGACGAGCAGCGCCUGCAACUACGACAACAACAAAAGGCCGUGGUGAUAUGGGGGCCGCCUGCUCCGCGCCAGUAAACAGAGGAGGCAAGGCGGAUAGCUGAGAAUUUGACCCAUGACUCAGAGCAGAAUAUUUCACUUGAGAGCCCAUAGCCGCGCAAUGGAGCACGAGAGCAAUUCCAAGGUUGUGCCACAAAGAGCUGCGUAUCUAGCCAUUUAAGACCACUUAAUAAGCGAAGAAAGAACUCCCGCUGGAACCCUCCCCGCGUCGCAAUCAAAAAUCGAAAUGAACUCCGUCAUUUCUGCAUUUAAAGGAAAAAAGAGCAGUGCGGCGAGCAGUAAUCCGCCCAAUGGCACGGCCAACGGCUCUGGUGCCGGAGAGAGCAAACAGAACCACGGCGGAGGACUCGUCGGCAUGAACAUCAGCAUAGCCAGCGUGGGCAGCGGCUUGGCAAAAAAGAAGACGGUGGCUCAGAGCAGUGGCUACCAGUAUCUGCGGCAUAUCCGCGAGAUUGAGACCGCCAACAAGCUGCUCUCCCCCGUCGUGGUCGUGGCGGAGGACAGGCCAGCCGGCAAGACCGGCUCCGCGUCGGCGUUAGCGACAAUGGCUGCAGGAGUAGAUCUGGUGGACCACUGUAUGCCGGCAACGGUGCGACUUUCCAAUGCCGAGACGCUUUCCGACUUUAAUAUGAACGGAAAGUCAACCGAAGUCAGCGACAAUGCGAACCUGGAGUUGGCUGACGCCUGGAUUUGCCCACCGCCAGUUGGGGCGGCGGACGACGAAGACCUUUCCGAGCACUCGACUGCCGCCUGCACCAGCACCAGCAGCUCUAGCGAGCACAGCAACAGCACCGUGGUGCGCAGUCCCACGGUGGCGGAGAGCACCACUUCCCCCGUGUCCAUGUCAGCAUUCGCGUCCGCCACAAUCAGCCAUCCCGGUCCCGGUCACAGUCCCAGCCUGAGCCAACACAGCACCUCGUCCUCGGCCGCUUCCUGCGGGAGAAGAAGCCCGCACAGCCAGUCGUCGCUGGCCAUCACCUGCGAGCCGCACUCGACAUCCACCACCACGCUGUCUUCGCUGGGGUCGGAACUGGGCAACGGAAACGACACACCCGCCUUCUUAAUCGCAGCCCCAGUCACGUUGGCGAUUGGGGGCCAGAUGCCCACAGCCAGCUCUGCGGCUAGUACACCCAAGCUCUCGCGCUAUCCCAAGCCCCGUCUUAGCCUGAGCCGCGAGUUCAACUACUCCAUGCCGUCGGUGCACGGGCGGCCCAAUCUGAGUGUGGCGCAGUCACAGGGCGACAUGGUCCCCGCCGCUUUGGGAAGUGCUGCAAAUCCCCCAAAACGUAUUUCCACGCACCAAAGAAACUUGAGUUUGGAUUUCAGGUCCAUGGGCAUACUGCUGCCGCCCGUCUCGCAGGUGACCAAUACUCGUAUCAAUCACACGCAGCACCACCGUAAUCGCAGCCUCGACAGCGCCCUGCAACGCAUUCCGGAGGUCGAAGUAUCAUCUCCAAAUGCUGAAGGUGAGAACACGUUCUGCUCCCCGUCCAUUCUUGGUGCGAAUAUGUGCUCGAAGAUUGCCACGACUGCGGCAAGUGUAUCGGCAGCCCUCUCCCCUCCAGCCACGCCCACGCCGGCCAUGACGUCUGUAGCCACUUCGACGGCGCACUCGCCAACGACUGCGGCAACCAAGGAACACACGGAACACCCAGUACCGAAGCAACAGCGACCUAUCUGUUUGCAAGCUGCUGGCAGGUCUAGUACCGUCGUUGUGGAGUCCUGUCCAGUGCUGCGAGUACGGCCCAAAUCCAGCGAGUCCGUUGCGACCAACGGACAGGAGAUAAUCGGGACGAUGGUCGGCGGCACUGGCAACGGCGGUCAUAGCAGCAACAAUAGCUGCAGCAGCGCCGGCAGCAGUAAAAAGCGGGAAGAUCUCACCAGUCUCGGAUCGGAUGACUCGGGCAUCAUCUGUGGCUCAGAGUCGGACCAAAUAUCGCUGAACCGCAUAUGCCAGUCACAUGAAUCGCUCGAUUCGGGUGAGAUGGAUGCGGACGCUGAUGCGGAUGCCGAUGCAGAGGAGGAGUGCGUUGACCUUAUGGAGACGACGUCCAUCGACGAGGAGUACAACAUAAUGCAACCGGAACAUCUCUGCUUCUUUCCCCCACAUGCCUCUUCCACCGAACAAGACUGUCGAACGCUGCGUCCUUCUCGCAAACAGAAGCGCCCGCAGCAGCCGGCCCUGGAACAAGCCAGUGUAUUGUCCCAAGAACUGCACCAUAAAGGACUCACUGCGGAUGCUGGCGUCGACGCCCGAACAAGGUACCGCGUAAUGAACAUGUCCCAGGCUGCCAUCAACGUAGAACUUGGCGCUACUUCCAAUGAAAUCGAACCAGUGGUGCACGACAAUGAAAUAGUCCAGAGUCACACUGCGGAUGCAGAUUUGCCGAAUCUAGUAAAGGCAUCACCAAGUGCGGCAUCGAGAGCACCAGCGGCGCCAUCGACAACCACCACGCCAACCGCUACUCCCACACCAACGGAGAGCUCUAAGAACGACCCAGUGCUGUUCAAAAACUUUUUCGGUGCCACCAAAAAUGCGAUUUUCCGUACGGCCCAAAGCAUUAUAGAAAACCACGAGAAGAAGAAUGCUGCCAAGCAAAAGGAGCAACCUGAUCACUCUGCCACUGCGGCCAUAUUAAGUUCACCCAGCGGAGGCAGUAUUUCUCAACAUGACCAAGUCAAGUCUCCCACUGACAUUUCAAAAAAAAAGGAAUUUUUUAGCCUGCUAACGUCGAAUUCAAGCAAAAAGGCCGCCGCUGCUGCGGCUGCGGCAGCUGCGAGCUCCGUUGUUAACACGCCUGUCGCUACACCCACGGAAUCAUUAGCAGCAACAGCGGACCUUAAGUUUCAACAACCGUCCGACUCAUCUGCAGACUCAAAGGUGAAGGAGCGAACGCUAAACUUGCGCCUUCCCGGAGCCGAUAGCGAAGCCAGUGAACAAGCUCUGGCAAAGUCUUCUUCAAUCAACUCCUUACACAAACUAAAGUUGCCUGUUCCUGGUGUCGUCAAGUACUUUAUCAGCGAGAGAGCGCCCGUGACGGACUUGCUGCAAAAGCCAGAGAAAGGUCAGAGCGGCCUUUUACGUUUCUUCGAGUCGCCAGUCUUCAAUAUCCAUUUCGCCGUGCACUACCUAUUUUACUCUAAAGAACCGGGAGUUCUUAGCUUUAUUGGAAAUAAGAUCUUUAGCUUUCCCGACCAGGAAGUCGAUCUCUACAUACCGCAACUGAUCGUCAUGUACAUUCAAAUGGAUGAACUAGCCGAAGUUUUGGAUCCGUAUCUGACCAUUCGGUGUCGCAAGUCCGUUGACUUCUCGCUUAAGUGUCUGUGGCUCUUGGAGGCCUACAACUACCAGGUGGACCCGCUGGGGAAUUCUAUCAGCAACUCCCGAAAAACUAAACUGGCACUCAUGAAGGAGAUAUUCUCCAAGAAGGAGCAGAAGCAGUCCCAAAACGAAGUUAAGUAUGCAGCCACGGCAGGCAACGGGGAACCGAGAACAUUAGCUGCAUUUACCAAAAAGACACACCACCGUUCCCAGUCCGAUGCCACUGUGCUGCUAGCAGACUCGCGCUCGCCUCACAUGCUUAGCAUAUCCCAACGCAUUUACCAGCAGCCACCCUACACCACGCAAACCCUUGCACCCACUCCCGCCAAACUGUGUCUCGGUGACCUAACCUCAGGACACGCCUUCGACAACGGCUGCACCUGCUUCGAGUCGGUACGGGGCCAAGUGAACGGCCUUCUCGGGCAGAGGACACUUUGCAGUUGUGGUGCUCCAAAGACGGCGCCCCAGAAGGAGUUUAUGAAGGCGCUAAUAAACGUAGGUAAAAAUCUUACUUCGCUGUCUUCUAAAGCGGAAAAGACUUCAGCGCUGCGAAUGUUCCUUAACUUGAUCAACAAGAACUUGCCCGCCAGAGUCUGGCUUCCGCUCUACUCGGAUAUUUCGCACCAUGUCGUUCGCAUAACAGAGGAAAAGACUGCUGUUUUAAACUCGAAGGACAAGACUCCAUACAUUAUCUACGUGGAAGUGGUCGAGGUUCCCGACAUUUACACUUCUCCCCUGAUACCAAAGAUGAUGCCUUCGCUGCGGCACACCAAAAGCGAAGAGCAUCUAGAGGGGUCCUGUCUGAACUCGCACCAGCACCUGAGCUGCAGCCGCACUUCCAGCUGUAGCAGUAGUCAGCAGGGCUCAAGCUGCCGAAGGAAAAAGACGGCAGAACUGGAUGGCGGCUGCGGCGACGCUGGUUCAGUGAACUGCUACGGCAACACAUUGUCAUUGGGUGGGCUUCAGCUCCAGGAGGAUGAUGUUUGGUCGCAGGAAGACGACGAAAUUACAGCGCAGUACCUUAACAUGAGCAAAGUGAGCGAGCGGGAUACUAUUUCACAGAUGUCGUUGGACUCUUGCGAUUCACGAGACCAAGGUCCACCCAUUGUCUUUAACAUUGGCGACGUGCGCCUGCGACAUUGCAGCAACUUAAGCUGCGAAAACACAAAAUCCUUUAGCAAUGACCCAGAAGAUCCCUCGGCAGCAGCCCUAAAGGAACCAUGGCACGAAAAGGAAAAGCUCAUUCGUGAGUCUUCGCCCUACGGCCAUUUAUCAAAUUGGAGGCUGCUUUCCGCCAUUGUCAAGUGCGGCGACGAUUUACGCCAGGAACUUAUGGCUACUCAAUUGUUACAGAUGUUUAAAAUAAUAUGGCACGAAGAACAUGUGGAUCUUUGGGUGCGCCCGUACAAGAUAGUUUGCCUGUCGAAUGAUAGUGGUCUUAUUGAGCCUAUCCUCAACACUGUCUCUCUGCACCAAAUUAAGAAGAACUCCAACAAAUCACUAAGAGAUUAUUUUAUCGAUGAGUACGGCACACCCACUGGAGAGACUUUCCGCCGGGCACAGAAGAAUUUUGUCCAAAGCUGUGCAGCUUACUGUCUAAUCUCGUAUCUGUUGCAAGUCAAGGACAGGCAUAACGGAAACAUACUUUUCCACUCGGAUGGGCACAUCAUACACAUUGACUUUGGAUUCAUUCUGAGUAUUUCUCCAAAAAACUUGGGAUUCGAACAAUCACCUUUUAAGCUUACACCGGAAUUCGUUGAAGUCAUGGGGGGCACCAGCUCGGAGCAUUGGCGUGAAUUUAAUAGGCUCCUGUUAGUUGGCAUGAUGUCUGCCCGAAAGCAUAUGGAUCGUAUUAUAAACUUUGUAGAAAUUAUGCGCAGCAAUGCUCAUUUGCCGUGCUUUAAAAAUGGAUGCUCCGGAACCGUACAGAAUCUCCGCAAACGCUUUCAUAUGAAUUUGACCGAGCAAGAAAUGGAACGAAAAGUUGAGCAGCUUGUACAAGACUCGUUGAAGAGUCUUUCAACUAAACUGUACGAUGGUUAUCAGUAUUAUACGAAUGGCAUAUUGUGAGAAAGAUUUUUCAUGAAGAUCUAAGUAUGAAGUUGGAUUGAAAUUGCCAAGCUGGUAACCAAAAUUAUGGACUGACUUUUUGUAAAGGAAUUAUUGUAUAUUAUAUAAUAUGUAAUUAUCAGCGACAAAAGCAAAAAGAAUGAAAUUGUACCAAACAUAAAUCUGUUAUCGUAGCUUAAAUCGUUCGUUGUAUGCGUUCGCGUUGUUGAAUUAGCGUAAUGUGUAUGUUGUCUAGCUGUUAAGAAAAAGUGUAGAUGUUUUGAUUGUAAUUUUAGUUUGUCUGAGUGAGAACUCGAGUGUCGGUCUGUUGUUACAUUUUGAAUUCAUAAUUUACUACUUGUAUAUACAUAACAAUUUCAAUAUCUGUGCAUACAUUUCAUUAACUUGUUUGAUUGAUACUCUUAUCUAUUCAACCUUAUCUACAUUUUAUACCAUGGCGCUUUUUCACUAGUUAGCAAUUAAUUCCAAUAUUUAGUUAUAAGUUAAACACUAAUGCCAAGUUGCUGCAACUUAAAAUUGUAAUACAGCAAUAUCACCAUUAAGAAUAUCUAUUAAACUAUAAAACAAUUUAACAUAAUUUUUAAAAAUAAAUAUGCCACGAUUGUAAGUACACAGAAAUGAAUGAAAACUUCAAAUCGCCGUCAACUUUGUUUACACUUGCCUAUUUAACCAUUUAUAACAAAAUUAUAAAAUCCUUUUGAAUAUCCAACUUAAUCUACUUUUAAGCUAGUGUGGCAAGGAAUGAAAAUCAAAGCAUACGAAACAGUACUAAAACAAAUAGCUAGACACUGAAAGUGAAAAAUUUCAAGUUUGUAUAAAUAAGGAACACGUUUAAAAUAUUGCAUACACGUGUGUAUAUUUAAAUUAAGUUACACGCAAACAAACUUUAGCUACAAGUAUUUGAAAAUGUAUAAGAAUAUUUCUACGAUUUAUUAAUAAAAUGCGACUAAAAUAAAACAG